UAUUCCCUUGAUUUUCUAAAAAAAAAACAUAACAUGCAGCUCCCUAAAAAUGUUGUGUAGUUUUCAAUUAUUACGUUUUUCCAUUAAAAUUAAAUAAAGCCCGUUCAAGAAUAGUUAAGCAAGUAUUUAAUAUUUCACUAGGUAUUUCUGGAUAUAAUAAUUAAAUUUUAUUUAAAUAAUUUUAUUAAUUUCAUGAUGGACGGUUAUAGUGAUACAUUUUACAAAUAAGUUUAGUAAUUUUUGUAUUGAUUCUAACAAUCAAAUUCAAUAUGUUUAAAAGCCGCGGCGAUAUUGUUUAUAAAUGUACAGUACGGUUAUUGGAGGAUACAGAGAUUUUAGAAUGCGAAUUUCACCCUAGUUACAAAGGAAAAUUCUUACUGGAACAUGUUUGCCAACAAUUAAAUUUGACUGAAACAGAUUAUUUUGGUCUAAGAUAUGUGGAUGCUAAUGGUCAACGGCAUUGGCUACAUUUGGCCAAAUUAAUACUAAAACAAGUUAAGGAUGCGACUCCAAUAUUAUUUAGUUUUCGGGUGAAAUUUUAUCCUCCUAAUCCAUUGUUGCUAAAGGAAGAUGUCACUCGGUUCCAAAUUUAUUUACAAUUGAAACGGGAUUUACUUCAUGGAAGACUUUAUUGCACUGCAAAUGAAGCUGCAAUGCUUGGUGCACUUAUCAUUCAGAUUGAACUUGGUGAUUAUGAUCCAAAUAUUCAUGUCGGGAAUUAUGUGACAGAAAUGAGGCUAUUGCUAAGACAGACUGAUGCCAUUGAGGCUAGAAUACAGGAACUACAUCAAGAGCCAGUGGAAGGUACUCCGGGUGGCACAGGUGGAGUUAAAGGAAUGUCUACACAGGAGGCAGAACGAACAUUUCUUAAAAUUGCCUGUCAACUUGACACUUAUGGUGUUGAUCCACACCCCGUUAAGGAUCACAGGGGCAAUCAACUGUACUUAGGUAUUAACCAUUGCGGUAUAUUAACAUUCCAAGGAAGCAGAAAGACGCAUCAUUUCAAAUGGUCUGAAGUGCACAAAAUCAAUUUCGAAGGACGAAUGUUCAUCGUUCAUCUUAACUAUCCAGAGAAAAAGCAUACGGUUGGUUUCAAGUGUCCGAGUGGCGCCGCGUGCAGGCACGUAUGGUGCUGUGCGAUUGAACAAAUGUUAUUUUUUACAUUACCGUCGUCAUCAGACGCUUGCGUCUACUCCGGUGGAGGGUUAUUCUCAUGGGGUACUAAAUUUAAGUACGUGGGCCGAACGGAGAGGGAGAUAUUAGAAAGAGACGGCCUGCUGGCGUCUAGAGACUCUCAGGAUGAGGGCUCAACUACUGGCGGAAAACGAAAAGCAUCUAGUGUACCAGCAACGCCUUCCACUCCUAUGACUGGAGAUUUUGCUAAAUUCAAGAUGUUUAUAGGCUACAGCAGCUUACCACGAUCUACACACAGUGCCCCGUUAGAAGAAAGUGCAAUUCCAGGAUCUAAUAUACCGGAUGGUGAGGCUUGUACUGGCGGAUGCUUGCUUAGCGGCGCCGCUGUUGAUAUCGCACUUUGCGACCAUUUUAGGACCGUAUCUGAUGAUAAAACAGCGUGUCCUGAAUACGCGCGCGAUUCAUUCGAGCACUCUUCAACUGAGUCGGGAGCGACGACCCACGCUACGCACGUGUCACACGCUUCACAGCCCACGGACGACUGGCGACCUCCCGCCCUUCAACCUCCCCCCCGACCUUUUAGCCUACUUCGCGCUUUCGUUCCAUCCUUUUUGUUUGUAUGGCUCUCUCUCGCUCUUGGGAUUCUUCUCCUCUUCGAAACCGAUUGGCCCCUUUUCAGACCCUUGAAGCGCAAACCGGAACUUGUAUCGCUAAGGCAUCACUACUACGCGCCACUGAAGGAGUACCUCAAGAAGAAGGUUGUUGAGCUUUUUUGAUUCGCAAAUUUGAGAGAUUGUGGAACAUUCGAGAAUACUUGUUUCAGGGAUUUUUGGAGUAAUUGUUGCCAAAUCGUUGGAGGCUUGAAGCAAGUUUUGUCGUCAAAACUGAAAUUAACAAUAAAAUUACUAAUAUUGAAUAUUUAAAGAAUUAAUGACAUUAAGUGCAAAUUAUUUCUAGAACAAUAUUAGAAUUGACAUGAAAAAUGCAGUAAAACUGAUUCUGUGUGUGUAGAUCUAAAAUUUACUUUAGCCAUUCAGCUGUAAUGGUGAAUACAGAUAUUCUUCUAUAGAAUUUUUUUAAACCAAUAUUGAUUUGUUAGCUGGCCUAAGCGUUUAGGAGUCGUUAAAUCUCUAUAAUUAACGGAUACCAAUAGGUAAACGUGACAGUAGUCAAUUCUGAUGUGUCAAAUUUUUGGACACGUUUUACCAAAGAGAAAUAAAUAUAUUAUGGCAUCGUAUAGCAAAACUUUUUACAGCUUGAUGGAUUUGCGUAUAAACCCAAGUUAGCGUGGAUCAAAUUAGCGCUAUGCGUAUAGCGUAUGUAUUCCGUAUGUCAAUAUUCUAUAUAUUUUUGACGUACAAACUCUUCCUCCAUAAUAUUAACUUAUGUCUUGACGUCGAAGUCGGGAUUUUGGAACUUUUUGAGUGAAAAAACCGGGAAUUUUUUUCUUGUAAAUGGGACAUAAAAAGAAGAAGGAUUAAAGUAUUUAAAAAUCGGGAUAUCCCGCUAAAAUCGGGACGUCUGGCAAUACCGGUC